UCCCCGUUCCCCGGUGGCCGCGGGCCGGAACCCUCGCGGCUUUCCGUCCAAUUCCCGCUGCCGGGCGGCCUCCGGGGAGCGUGCCGGCGGAGCGCUGGGGCUCGAGACUCGCCGGCCCGCGGACUCCGUGCUCCCUGCCUCCCUGCCUCCCUCCCUAACCCUUCGGGGGCAGGAAAAAGUUAAGGCGUUAGAGCAGAGUUAACUAGUGUAGCGCGACAGAGGUGCCAGGACUCGGCGGGGCUGGCAUCGGGCAUCUCGCGUGCCUGGGUCUCAGAGGUACCCUUUGAGGUUGGGCCGCUGGGCCGGUCCGCCGUGGUGCUUGGUUGCAUCUCUCUCACCUGGGGGCUUCUGAGUGUGCGGAGCUGCCUUUGCGUUGGUGGGGGCUGGGGGGGGGGUGUGUCUCCGCGCUCUCGUCGCUCUCUGCGCCCCCUGUUUCUAGAGCCAAGUUUUGAACUUGGAGCCCUGCGGCAAAGCGCUGGCACCAGAUACCCGGCCCCCGGGAGGGGAGGUACAUUGUUUUCGGGGACCUGUCUCAGGGAAGGGAGUGCGGUAGUCUUAGUAGUUAACCUAGUGAAUCAUGGAGUCAUUUUAAUCCAACUUUCUGGCUUGUGUUCGCAGUGAUUCCCAAAAGGUUGAGCCUUGGGGCCUCAACCCCGAGGUGGUCUGUCUUCCACUUUCUUUUACUAGUUGUUGUUAGUUUUUUAGCCCUGCUGUUUUCUUCCUGCUGACAGUCACCGGCCCAGUUCAGAUCCCUGUGAUUCCAAAACAGAAUUGUUGCAGCAAGCUCUUGGCAGUCCUAAACAAUUCAUCUUGGUGGUACAGUGUUUGUAUUGUGAUUGCAUCAUGGAAAAUCAGUUGGCUAAAUCAACUGAAGAAAGAACAUUUCAGUACCAGGAUUCUCUUCCAUCACUGCCUGUUCCUUCACUUGAAGAAUCACUAAAAAAAUACCUUGAAUCAGUAAAGCCAUUUGCCAAUGAAGAAGAAUAUAAAAACACUGAAGCCAUUGUCCAAAAAUUUCAAAAUGGUAUUGGAGAAAAAUUGCAGCAGAAGUUACUUGAAAGGGCAAAAGAAAAAAGAAACUGGCUGGAAGAGUGGUGGCUGAAUGUUGCCUACCUGGAUGUUCGUAUACCAUCACAACUCUAUGUCAACUUUGGGGGUCCUGCAAACCAUUCUGAACACUACUGGCCUCCCAAGGAAGGCACACAGUUGGAAAGAGGAAGUAUAAAUCUUUGGCAUAACUUGAACUACUGGCAGCUAUUAAGAAAAGAAAAAUUGCCUGUUCAUAAAGCUGGAAAUAUUCCUCUAGAUAUGAAUCAAUUCCGAAUGCUCUUUUCCACCUGCAAGGUUCCAGGAAUUACUAGAGAUUCAAUUAUCAGUUAUUUUAGGACUGAGAGUGAAGGGCAUUGCCCAAGUCACAUUGUAGUGUUGUGUCGAGGUCGAAUUUUUGUCUUCGAUGUAAUGCACGAAGGAUGUUUGAUGACCCCACCAGAGAUUCUCAGGCACCUGACAUACAUCCAGAAGAAGUGCCAUAGUGAACCUGAUGGACCUGGAGUAGCAGCAUUAACUAGCGAGGAGCGAACUCGAUGGGCUAAGGCACGAGAAUAUUUGAUUAGUCUUCAUCCAGAGAACUUGACUAUGUUAGAAAAAAUUCAGAGCAGUUUACUGGUAUUUUGCUUAGAUGAUGACAGUCCACAUGUAACACCGGAAGACUACUCUCAGAUUGCUUCAAAGAUUCUUAUUGGAGAUCCAACAGUACGCUGGGGUGACAAAUCUUAUAACUUGAUUUCCUUUUCUAAUGGAGUGUUUGGCUGUAAUUGUGAUCAUUCUCCUUAUGAUGGAAUGGUUAUCGUAAAUAUCAGCUAUUAUGUUGAUGAGAAAAUUCUUGAGAAUGAAGGAAGAUGGACGGGUUCAGAAAAAGUACGGGAUAUACCACUUCCAGAGGAGCUUGUUUUCACUGUGGAUGAAAAAGUAUUAAAUGACAUCAGCCAAGCUAAAGCUCAGUAUUUCAAGCAGGCAUCUGAUCUGCAGCUUUUGGUGUAUGCUUUUACAUCUUUUGGCAAAAAACUAACCAAGAGGAAGAAGCUUCACCCUGAUACAUUUAUUCAGCUGGCACUUCAGCUGGCCUAUUAUAGACUUCAUGGACGCCCCGGUUGCUGCUAUGAAACGGCUAUGACGAGGUACUUUUAUCACGGCCGUACAGAGACCAUGCGCUCGUGUACCGUGGAGGCGGUUGACUGGUGCCGAUCUAUGCAGGACCCCUCUGCCAGCCUUUUUGAGCAGCGGCACAGAAUGUUAGAAGCUUUUGCAAAACAUGAUAAAUUGAUGAAAGAUUGUUCAAUUGGAAAAGGAUUUGACCGUCAUCUUUUAGGUCUCUCACUCAUAGCAAAAGAGGAAGGUCUCCCUGUUCCAGAACUCUUUACAGACCCACUUUUCUCCAGAAGCGGAGGAGGUGGAAACUUUGUCCUCUCAACAAGUCUGGUUGGUUAUUUAAGAGUCCAGGGAGUGGUGGCUCCCAUGGUACACAAUGGCUAUGGAUUUUUCUAUCAUAUCAGAGAUGACAGGAACAAGAGCAAGCAGAUAAGCAGGAUAACUGCAAACAGGGAUGGAUGUUGCAGAGGAAAUGAUCAAGUUGAUAUGGUCAUAGAGACAGACUGGUAGAGAGAUGGAGCACUGUUCUGUACAGUGUGCGGUCAGGGGAGGUGUCUGAGAGGGACAGUGGGCUGAGAAGGGUGUGAAGGAAUUCGUCUUACAAACAGCCAGGAAAACAGCUCUGCAGACUCUGAUCCCUGCUCGCCUCUCCAGCGCUGCCACCCAGGCUCAGCCACAGUCUUCUCCCACUGAGGUCACUGCAGCAGGGUCUCCGUGGUCUCCUCGCUCCCACUCUGCCUUCCCUACAGACCAUUCUCUGCACAGCAGCCCCGACGGCCCAGUGGAGCGCAGGUCGUAUUGUUCUCCUACUCAGAACCCUCGGAGGGCUUUACCUUUCACUCACACAAGGUCCAGAGGCCCCCUGUGAGACCCUGCGUGACCUAGCUCUCCUCUCCCUCGCUGGCCUUGUCUCCUGCAACACUGCUACUGAUUCCCUCUCCCUCCAGCCACACUGGCUGCCUUGUGCCUUGAACAUGCCAGGCAGGCGCCCUCCUCAAGGCCUUCACGGUCAUGAUUUCCUCGGCUUAGUGGUCUCUUCCUUCAAAUACAUGCAAGGAUGACUCCCUUACCUCAUACAGAUAUUUGCUCUCAUCUGAGAGGCCUUCCCUGACCAUCUAAAAUAGCAUGUUCCCCCCUUCCCCACACACAGCUGCUGCAUUUUAACAUUUAUAACCACCGUGUGUGUGUGUGUGUGUGUGUGUGUGUGUGUGUUGUGUAUUUCUUUGUUUGUUACCUAUCUUUCCUUCCUAGAAAAGAAACCCACAAGAACUUGGUCUUUAUUUUUGUAUCCGUAGCUCUAACAAUACCUCAUAAAUAGGCUGCACUCAGUCAGUGUUCCGCAAUGACUUUGUUGUUUAACAUAAGUAUACAGGUCUGAGGGGAGGGAGGAGCAUGGGAUUUUAAGGGACAGAGGCACUGAGGCUAUGCAUUAACAAUUGAGUGCGAGGGUGGUAGAGGAAGCGAUUGAGGAGGGGUAGACAAGAGCUAAGUCUGGUAGGGAGGGCAGUGUUCUCAACCCUGAGUACGCAUGAGAAUCACCUGGAGAGCUUUAAAAACAGUACUCCUGGAGAUACUGAUUUGGUUAGGGUGGUCAGUUGAUGUAGGGCUUUGUAACAUGUUAAGGAGUUUGAAUUUUCUCCUAAAAAUAAUGGGGAGCAUUUUACAGAUUUUAAGCAUGAAACUUACAUAUUUUAUCUACAUAUGCAAAGGACCCUUGGCUGUUAUAUGCAGUAUAAAUUAGGUGGACGGUAAUAUGAGCAAGAAUGAGAUGAAGGAAAUGAGGAAGCACGGAUGAUACUUUGAACGAGGCAGUUGAUACUGAAGGUGGAGAGCAGUGCAGGGAUUUGAGAGAGAUUUUGGAGGUAGAACCAGUAAGAUUUCCUGAUGGAUGGCUGAUUCUGAUGGUGGCAUUUACUGAGAUGGAGAAAAUUAGGGGGCAUAUGGGCAUGUUAGGGUAGAAUCAACAAUUUUGUUCUGUACAUGGUAACUUCAACAUUUCUGCUAAUACAGGAAUUUAUUAUAAUUUAUAUUUAUAUACAAGAGGAUAUGCCAGUAGGCAGUAGGAUAUAUGUUUGCAGCUCAGAAAAGAGGUCAGAGCUCGAAGUGUACAUUUGUGAGUCAUUACUCUGUAUACACCCAAAAUAGUUUUCAAAUGAAAUAUCAAUACAUAGAAAUUCUCUGAAAGGAAUUUUUUCAUUCAUUGUUAAGCUUGAAAAUGUGUGACCUAAAGAAAAUUGGUUUAUUUUUGAAGUAGCAUUUUACUUUAGAUGUACUGCAUGCUCAUUGUAAAAAAAAAUUUGUAAAAUAUGGAAAAAUAUAGGAACAAAGUUAACAUUUCCAUUAUAAGACAUAAGGCCAUUAUCUUUCUAAUGUAUAAUGUGCAUAGAUUGUGUGUGUGUAAUUUUUACAAAUUUAGAUCAUAUUGUAAAUAUUUUAGUGUCUUUUUGUGGAUUGCAUUCUCACUUAAUGUUAUCUCAGGCAUUUCCCAAUGCCAUGAAAUAUGCCUUGAAGUAUUUUAAUGGUUGAGUAAUGUCUAGUCUUACAGAUGUCCAGAAUUUAUCUAACCACUUCCCUACUCUUCUCCAGUUUUUCUCAUUACAAAUAAUGAUAAUAUUAUAUCUUUCUUUGUCUCAUCACAUCAGUGCCAACUUUAGGCAUUUUAAAGCAGUCUGUACAAAUUGUACAGGCAAAAAUAACCUGAAUUCUUAUGAAGCAAAACAUUUUCUCUGUUUUUUGGCAUCUGUGUAUAUUCUUCUGUGAAUUGUGCAGGUAGGAAUGAUUGUUCUUUCUCUAAUUUAAAAAUAUAACUGAAUUUAAAAAAAAUUAACACAAAUAGAAAUUAAUAUUUUCAGAGAAAUAUUUAGAUCUUACUAAAUAUUUGAGAAGCAUAUGCACAGUGUAGCUAGAAAAUGCCUACUGAUCCUGGAUCACUAGGUGAAAACAAGGCAAGACUUUCUGUAGGUUGCUGUAUACCUUUCAGCAGAUAUAAUCCACUCGAACAUUGAUUUCAUCAUUAUGUACUGGGCCAGAACAUGGUUUUAUUUCGUUCUGCUUUAAUCUAAGGUACAUGUCAAAGAUCUGUACUUUCCUGUCGUAAUUUUUAGUGAUGUGAAAUUACAUGGUCUCGUCCACAAGCUUUAUAUUACACAACAUUUUGGUUUUAACUUGAGCAUAAUGCAUGUUUUGUUGUAGAAAGUUUCUGUGUCUGGAAAGGGGAAGGCUAGUUGCGAGAGAGUUAGUAACCAGGUUUCAGCUCUGAGCCUACCAGAAGCCAGGUGUCUUGCCUAUCUUUCAGCUUCCUGGGACCGUUUUUAUCACCUGCCAGAGAGGGGAUUUCUUCCUCAGGACGAUCUAGAAGGACAUGGUGGUAGAAGGCCUAUCUUGGUUUCAAGAGUUUCUCUCUGGCUUUGCUAGAAACAGCCUUUCUCUCCUCUUAUCCUUCUUUCUCUAUUUUAUUAUUAUUAUUUUUUUACUCUCUUCAAGCACUAUAUUCUUCUUUAAAAAUAGCUCGUUUCAUUGCAGACAGUGGCAUGAAUUCAUAUUCUAACUCAUUCCAUUUGGGGCCUGUUAGGAAGGUCUUUUAUAGGAAGAGGUGAGCUUGUUUAGUAACACAAUAAGACCCGACUCCAGAGCCCUCGAGCUCUGGCUAGUGUUUUGUUCCCUUUUGUCCUUAGGCUCUCGUCAUGCAGUACAUUAGCUGUUCCUAGCAUUGCAUGUAAACAUGGCUGUACUUUCUGUUGUGUCAGGUUACAUUUCCCUCAUGUGAGCAAGAAAUCACAUUUCAUGUAUGAACAGCUAGAUGGAGUAAAGGUCAUGGCUCUGUUCACCAUCACUAUGGGAGCCUUUUUGUGCUGAUUUUUGCAUUUGUACUUAAUCAUUUAUUAUUUGCG